AUGAUGAUCAUCAUCGCAAUUGAACACAGCCUGUUGCACAAGAGGAUUGCUAUAAAAAUAUUAUUACUUUUUGGCUGUUCUCAUUACAAAUUAAGUUUCCUUCUAUUCAUUUGCGCGAUGUCGUUGUCUAUGUGGUUUACGAACUGCAUGGCGUGCGGACUCAUGAUGCCUCUAGUGAAAGCUAUUUUAAGAGAACUCGAAAAGAUGGGUAUAAUGGAGACAAAUGAAAUUACGGUAGCUACAGAUAACUCAGAAAAACAAGGACCAAGACCAACUGAUUUUACUAUAUUUUACUUCCUCGGCAUUGCGUACUCUUCUUCUAUAGGUGGCAUGGCUACUCUUAUCGGAAGUGAAACUAAUUUAAUUUUCAAAAAUUAUUGCGAACUGAUCUUCCCUGAGAGUCCAAAGUUAGAGGGACCGCAUUUGGUGCUGCUAACGCUUCCAGGAGUACUCAUCAUGGAGAUGUUCUUGUAUCUGUGGUUGAACUUUUACUUCUUGGGAAUGCUUAGGGUUCGGAACUACACCGCUCUUCAGACAACCUUAACUGGCGAUGAAGAGCAGUACAUAAAGAUUUUAUUAAAAACACAAUACCAACAAUUGGGCAAAAUCAAGUUUCACGAAGUAGCUGUUGGUGCUGUAGUUAUCUUAACAGCUUGUCUGCAAGCUAUCAUAAGUUCAACCUAUUUGAACGAUCGUAAAGAAUUUGUUAGCUACAAUGUCAUAAAAUCUUCGACGCCGUCUAUUAUAAGUGCGUUGAUACUAUUUAUCACACCAGUUGAUUUAAACUGCUUCAGGUUCUUUAGAAGUAAUGAUGAUUCCGAGCCCUUGCCCUCGUCACCGAGCAAAGGCUGCCUCACCUGGACCUUGGUUAGCGAUAAUAUUAAAUGGAGCGUUCUAUUCGUUAUUGCGAGCAGUACUAUAAUAUUUGAAGCAAUGAAAGAAAGUAAAAUGUCCGAUGAGUUUGAGAAGUUCCUCAUGAUGUUUUCGAAUACUUCGGCGCCAGUGCUGGCGUUUGUUGUCAUCGCGUUCUGCAAAAUUAUGACUGAGUUUGGGAGCAACGCAUCCGUCAUGUGUUGUUUAUUGACACACGUUGCAAGAGUGAGUGUAUCUGCAAAGGUUAAUCCAUUAUAUCUGAUGCUGAGCACGGCAGUGUCAACAUCACUACCAUUCCAUCUUAUAACCGGAACCCCCGCCAAUGCUAUGGUGUCAGCGUAUGUGAAUAUGCCGCCGCGAAAAAUGAUGAUAGCCGGAAUAGGACCGUCUAUAAUAUCGAUAUUAACAAAUUUAUUCACCGUCUGUGUUUGGUCAAAAGCUAUAUGGCCGGAUAUUGACACAUACCCUGUUUGGACUGGUACGAAGUACAUAAGAGACUUGUAA